ACUACGAACCCAAGAUUGAAGAAGCACGCCAAUCUAUUCAGUGUCGCACAUUUCACGCACUUUUUUGUGUUUUCUCUUUCUCACGUUAUGGCCUCUUCAGCUCACAAGCACCACCACCUCUUCCCCAACCUCCACGGAGGAGCCACCACAGCACCACCACCAACUCCCUCGGCUAACCAAACCUCCCUCCUUUCUACUUCCGACGCCGCCGACGCCCUUUCCCGCCUCCUCCACCGCCUCCCACCAAACCUCUCUCUCCCCACUAACCGCCGUUCCGCCACCACCUCAUCCUCCUCCUCCGCCGCCACCGCCACGUGUCCUCCCUCCAUAUCCCUCUCUGACAACAGCACGGACAUCCUUUCCUCCUUCUCCCAACUCGGCUUCGUGCAACUCACCGAUCACUCGGUCCCCUCCGAACUCGCCAACUCAGCCGAGUCGGAAUCGCUCGCUCUCUUCGACCUCCCUCAGGACCAGAAGGAAUCUUCCUUCCCCAAGAACUGGCCACUCGGAUACGAACCCGAAGAAGCAGACGAAGACGAAAACGACGAUGAACUCGGACUCGGACUCGGCGAGUCAUUCCGUCUUGACUCGUCCUGCUCCACCGAGUCAUCAACCCAGUUGAUUCUGUCAUCUCUCCGCGAGUUCUCACUCUCUCUUGAAAAACUGGGCCUGAAGAUCGUCGACGAGUUAAUGAAAGGUUUGGGCCUAGAAAACCCGAUCGGGAAUGACCCGACCCGGUGGUGUUCUAUAUUAUGGAUUUCAGAAGAUCGGCCUGGAAAUAGACCCGAAUAUUCGGGCGGGUUUUACCCGUAUGUGGUGGCCUUGCAGUACCAGAUCAGGCGAGAGAAGAAGUAUUCAUUGCUCUCGGAUUCGGGUUGGGUGCACGUGGUGCCGCACGUGGACUCCAUCCUAGUCACUCUUGGAGAUAUUGCUCAGGUGUGGAGCAAUGGGAAGUUGAAGAAAGUGAGAGGAAGAGCAAUGGGGGAAGCAAAAGAGUCACGUUGCAUCACAAUGUCAUUGCUCAUAACGCUUCCUACAGAGACCACUGUGGCUCCUCUUCUUUUUCUUGGCAACGAAGACCAAAAGGAAGAAGAAAAAGCAGAAAGCGAUGAAGAACAUGGGCGUGUGUUUCACUCUUUUGACUUUGAGGACUAUGCUUGGAGAGUCUACCAUGAACGCCUCCUUUUCAAAGACCCACUAGAUAGGUACCGUCUUAAUUAAAUUAAGCUGGAUUUUGGUUACUGUCCUGAAAUUGAGAUAUUAGAGACUAAUUAAAAUAUAUUUGGCUCAUCGCUUAAAGCCAAACUUAAUUACAGUAGCAAUAACAACAAUAAUAAAUCUCUUAAAAUAAAUAUGAAAAAACCAAUAAUUAGGUAACAAUGUCUCGCUAUCUCCAACAUUUCUAUUUCAGGCCAGAUACCAAAAACUAGCUAUAAGUUGGAGUUGUCUUUUCCCAUCUUAUAUAAUGAUUUUUUUGGUUCAAGUCCUAAAACAGGUGGUUUUUUUAUUUAUUUAUUUUUAAAGCAAUUUGUGUGCUUGUGUGAGGUAUGAGGGUUUUUACCUUUUUUAGUUUGCUUUGAAUUUUGGUUGGAUGGUGAAGGAAAAAGAAAACAGAAAUGAGAGGACUUGUUGUGAUGAGAUGUAUAUGUUCCAUUUAUUUAUUUAUUGGAUUUAUUUUGAA